CCCAUCUCCGCUAGCUUUCGCGCCGAGGUAAUUAUAAGUUGUGUUAUUGCCAUCGACUGGUGCCUUGCCUGACCGAGCAAGAUGUGAAGGAGACAGCAUGCAUAGGUAGGGAAGAAGACCCGACCAUUUCAGCCGGACCGAUCUCGAAAAUGCAGCAGACGUUGUCUCUCGGAUUUUGUGGUACGAGUACUAUGCGACGGGAUGCAUACUACUGUAGCAGAUUUCUUGCUCAGGCCUAGACCAGCCAACGCACUCCAUGACGGCUUGAGUAAAGGAUUGUCGAAGAGGCUGGAUUUUCGCAUGGCUGUGUGACUCGUGGCUUGCAUCAUAAAGCCAACAUGGUGCAUACAUCUCCUCAAUGAUUGGCGAGAAUGCGGCGCCGAGUUCAGAGCGCAGUUUUCGAUUGUCCACGACUGAUUCCCAACUCACAGCUCGAUGAUAUUCCUGUAGUCUUUCUGCGACCACCAAAGUCGUCCCAAACCUUACCCUUCCCGGAUGGCAUCAAGUUGUGGUAUGAUCCGCCUGAUGCUUGUGUUGAUAUCUGCUUUGUCCAUGGCCUCACUGGCAAUCGCGACAGCACUUGGACGGCUGACGGAGAAGAAGAGCCAUGGCCGAAAAUUCUUCUUGCCAACAAGCUGAAUAGGGCGAGAAUCAUUACGUGGGGUUAUGAUGCAUACGUGGUCCGUAUAUCUACGGCAUCGCAGAACAAGCUACUUGACCACGCCACAAACCCUGUUCGGGAUAUAACAGAUCACCGCUCGGACAACACUUCCUCCCGUCCUCUUUAUUUUAUCGCCCAUAGUCUCGGAGGCCUGGCUUGCAAAAGAGCAGUUUUGCUCUCAAGACACAACGCUGACCUUCACUUCAGAAGCGUCUUUGAUACUACCAGAGGCAUUUUAUUCCUGGGAACUCCUCAUAGUGGCAGUUGGCUUGCGGACUGGAGCAGAAUACCCGCAAACGCGCUUGGAUUGUUCAAAUCGAGCAAUGUGUCACUCCUGGAGACAUUGAAGACUGACAAUCAACUUUUGCACGACCUACAAAGGGACUUUAUGAACAUGGUCAGGGAGAUGGAUCGGCCCCAGGGGCCGCUCCAAGUUGCAUGCUUCUUUGAAGAGCUUGGCACUAAAGGAGCGGGCAUCAUCGUCACAAAAGAAUCUGCAACCUUCCCCGGGUACGAUCCUGCUAGCAUCCACGCAAAUCACCGCGACAUGGUAAAAUUCGCCUCGGAAGACGACAAUGGCUUCAAGAGAGUGCUUGGAGACGUACGAAGAUGGAUUGCAACAACGAGGUAG